UGUGCUGUGUGCUGCUGCCUGCUAGUUGCGUCUCGCGCCUACUGUGUUGGUGCAUUUCUGUGUUUCGAGAGGAUAAAGAUCCCCCAAAAAGAGCAGCAGGAAGCAGAACUCGAUUGCGGAGUUCUUUUUUGUUCGGUUCGCGACCAGCUUGUUGUUGCCACAAAGGGAACCUGGAAGCUUGGUUCCUUCUUUCUUUCCUCCAAAACGACGACCGGCACGGGGGACGUUCCGAGCCAAAGUGUGAAGAUAGUGGCCAAACUCCGGAAUUCCAUGAGCAAUAUCUAGGCGCAUAAUUAGCGAGAGUCGAAAAUUUUCGUUUCGUGAAUCACACUGCUAGGGGGAACGCGUUGUACGUGAACGUAAGAAGAAGAAGAAGAAAAGGCAGUAUUUGAAGAAGUGAGUGCUUCUGCGAGAGGGAAAUUGGUGUAAGGUGGAAGCAGCAGCAGCAAGAGCCUCGGGCGUUGCGUGGGAGUGACGAAAGAUUAAUUUGUGGUGCAAAAAGGUCCCGGAGUGUGGGAGAACCAACCGGAGAGCCCACGAGCGGAAUAUUUCUGGCCUGUGUUGCGUGUGUUUGUGUUGUGUUGUGUUGGAAGAUAGCUUGAACAAGCUUGUGAAUUAGAAGCAGCAGCGCGCAGCAAAAAGCCUCAAAAUGCGUGAAUACAAAAUUGUCGUGCUCGGCAGCGGAGGUGUCGGCAAAUCCGCCUUGACAGUGCAGUUUGUUCAGGGUAUCUUUGUGGAAAAAUACGACCCCACGAUAGAGGACAGUUACCGCAAACAGGUCGAAGUUGACGGACAGCAAUGUAUGUUGGAAAUUUUGGACACCGCCGGAACGGAACAAUUCACGGCAAUGCGAGAUCUCUACAUGAAGAACGGCCAGGGCUUUGUGCUGGUGUACUCGAUCACGGCACAAUCCACGUUCAACGACCUGCAGGACCUCCGAGAGCAGAUUUUAAGGGUUAAGGACACUGACGAUGUUCCGAUGGUGUUGGUCGGCAACAAGUGCGAUCUGGAGGACGAGCGAGUAGUGGGCAAGGAGCUGGGCAAAAGUCUCGCGAACCAGUUCAACUGCGCCUUCAUGGAAACGUCAGCCAAAGCCAAAAUUAACGUUAACGACAUUUUCUACGACUUAGUCCAACAAAUUAACAAGAAAUCGCCAGAGAGAAAGCCCAACAAAAAGAAGAAAUCGCUGUGCGUGUUGCUCUAAGUAAACUACUGCUAAUAAUAACAAAGUAAUAAUAAAGCGAGAGGAAGCAACAAAAAAAACGGUACGAGACGUGGUUAUAAGGCAAAAAAAUCGUUCAAGAUAAGAAUUAAAGAAAAGUUAUAAACAUUAUAUUAAUAAUUAAAACAUGAGGAAGCAGAUCGCGCCGCAAGGAAGUUGAAACAAAAGGAACGCGUGGCCAGCCACAAUUGGCACCUUCUCUCGAUCGCGCGAGAGAGAACCCAAAACAGACAGAACCCAGAAUUCGGUGUGGACAUCAUCAUUUCGGUGUGUGGAAGAGGUGUGUGUGGUGAAGAAGGUAAGACACACUACUUACUUGAUAAUUUUUAAGCAAAUUAUGGAACGAUUACACACACACACACAUACAUUCGAGCACACAAACAGCAAAAAGAAACAAUUUCAAAGAAAAUAAAAGAAUCAAAAAAAAAAAACAGUAAA